AUGGCGAAUCAACCUGAUGCAAGUAGCGCAGGUGCCGGUGGAAAUAAUCCUUCAUCAGGAGGAAACCCACCGUCAGCAGGACAACCUUUGCCAGGGGGAUAUCCUCCGUAUGGAGAACAUCCACCAUCAACAGGGGGGAAUCCUCCGUAUGGAGAACAUCCACCAUCAAAAGGGGGAAAUCCUCCCCAUGGUGAACAUUCCCCGUCAACAGGGCAACCUUCACCAGGGGUAUAUCCUCCACAUGGAGACCAUCCUUCUCAAGGGUAUCCACAAUCGGGGUACCCUCCACAAGAAUACCCACAAGGUUAUUCACCACAACAGUACCCGCAAGGAUAUCCUCCUCAACAAGGGUAUCCGUCACAAGGGUACCCACAAGGAUAUCCUCCUCAACAAGGGUAUCCACCACAAGGGUAUCCUCCUCAACAAGGGUAUCCACCACAAGGAUAUCCUCCUCAACAAGGAUAUCCGCCUCCACAAGGGUAUCCUCAAGGAUACCCACCAUCUGGAUAUCCCCAAGGAGGUCCUCACGGUGCAUACCCACCGUCAGGUUAUCCUGGUGCAUACCCACCGGCUGGUUACCCUGGUGCACACCCUCAAGGUGCUCAUCCUGGCCAACAUGGAGCACAAAAAGGAGAAAAAGGAGCUGGUGGCGUAAUGGGAGUGAUCGCGGGGGGAGCGGCAGCGUAUGCAAUGGGUCACUACGGACAUGGGCAUGGUCACGGUCACGGUUAUGGUGGAAAAUAUAAACACGGAAAGCACAAGCACGGAAAAUACAAGCGUGGGAAGUUUGGCAAGCACAAGGGUAAGGGAAAAUUCAAGAUUUGGAAGUAA